GAAGUACUUUUUGUAUGCUCUAGCUCCUAGCUGCGGUUAGCACGGUUAGCACAGAGGAGUGAAAGUGACUGACAGCAAAGUUUGUCUCGGUUAGAUUUAUGAGUCCAUCUACCGUUCAUGUUUGUAUUUAACACAUGUCAGGUAACGUCGUGCUUAGCAGGCAGUUCUGUCGCUGGAGAUGAGUGAAAAUUGUGUGCCAUGAAAAUGAUUUUCUUACCACUGUCUGAUAGGCCAUGAUAGGCUUAUCAAGUUAUGCAGGGGUUAUGGAAAGUCUAAUGAAUUCUGCUGAAGAGCAGCAACCCUCCUCUCCCCUGGCUAACUCAUGGUCCAAAAUACAGGAAUCAAGCAAGAAUCAAAAGCCAAAAUGUGUUGGUGGAUUUGUUUUAGUUCAUGCAGGAGCAGGAUACCAUUCUGAAUCUAAAGCCAAGGAGUACAAGCAUGUGUGCAAAAGAGCCUGCCAGCGAGCUGUGGACCGACUCAAAGCCGGGGCACUUGCAGUGGAAGCAGUGGCCGCAGCAUUGGUUGAACUUGAGGACUCUCCUUUUACAAACGCUGGCAUGGGCUCCAACCUUAAUCUGUCAGGGGAAAUUGAAUGUGAUGCGAGUAUCAUGGAUGGGAAGUCGCUGCAUUAUGGUGCUGUAGGGGCUAUAAGUGGUAUUAAGAACCCAGUCUUGGUUGCAAACCGUCUACUGAGUGAAGCACAGAAAGGGAAACUAUCAGCUGGCAGAAUACCACCCUGCUUUUUAGUGGGGCGAGGAGCACAUGAUUGGGCAGUCAGCCAUGGAAUACCACCAUGUCCUUCAGAGAAAAUGGCCAGCAAGUUUAGUUUAUCUGCGUACAAGAGGAACAAGCGAAAGAUGGAGCUGGCAGAAAAAAUUGACACAGGACAUAAUCACACGAAGAAAAGACGACAAUCAAGUGAAAAUGAAAAUGGUUCAGGGUGCCUCGACACAGUGGGAGCCGUUGUGAUAGACCUGGAAGGGAAUGUAGCUGCAGCGGUGUCCAGUGGAGGUCUGGCCAUGAAACAUCCCGGCAGGGUUGGCCAGGCUGCUCAUUAUGGAUGUGGCUGCUGGGCUGAAAAUGCCUGUAGUAUGAACUCUCACUCUACAGCAGUGAGUACCUCAGGCUGUGGAGAGCAUCUGAUUCGCACCAUGCUGGCACGGGAAUGCUCUGCUGCCAUGCAGUCUGAAGAUGCCCAUCAAGCACUGCUGGAGGCUAUGCAAAACAAGUUCAUCAGCUCACCCUUUCUGGCCGGUGAAGAUCGUGUUUUGGGUGGAGUAAUUGUCUUGCGCUGCUGCAGAUGUGUGGAACCUCCGCCGUCACAAAAUAUUCAGGGUAUACUGGUGGAGUUUCUAUGGAGUCACACCACAGAGAGCAUGUGUGUUGGCUACAUGUCUGCCCAAGAUAGCAAAGCAAAGACACACAUAUCCAGAUUACCCCCUGGGACCGUUCCUGGACAGUGCUUGGCCAUCGAAGGAGGUGCACGGAGCCACAUCCUGUCAUUUGUGUUCCUGUGAAUGGCAUUUUAAAUAUGACACCUUGGAAUCACAAUACACCCCCUGGGCCGUGACAAGCCUGGCUGAAAGAUGACAUCACCGUCUUCAGUGGCGGACCAGUGAAGCAUAUCCGCACAUAGUCGGAGCUUUCAUGGGCAAAUGAAAAACAACACAUUCAGCGCUUUUCUCUACAUGUGGCAUGAGUGGCAAUGUUGGGCUCUUUCAUCACAAGCCAGAAUCUCUAUGUAAAUGUGAACUAGUGACAAAAGGGAUGUUGGAGUUGGAAUGGGUGGCAUGUGUUUAGUAUUUUUGCUGCAUGUCCUCAGGAGAAACUCCCUCCUGGUCCUCAUCCUGUUCGUUCAAUCCAACAUUUGGCUGUGUGACAAAUAUUCGAUAAAUUCCUGGAAUAUUUCUUCGGCUUUGCAUGCCCUAAUAUCCAACCGAACACAGGCUUGCUCUUGCAUAUACACAGGCAGGUCUACAGUGAUAGUGGAGAUAAGAGAAAUUACCCUCACCAUCCCCUUGUUGAAGUAAAAAUUAUUUCCAUUAAUUUCCCCCAAAGCCCUUAUAAAGAAUUUAUGAAGGGACACCAUUCCAGUGGGAAUAAAUCCAUUUAUCACUGGGACAUGACAAAAAUAUUUCAGCAGCAUGCUAAAUAUACAUCAAAAAGCAGCUGAAGGAUGCUUAACACUCUAAAAAAGCAUGUCUUAAACCCCGAGUCAGUAUUUGAGGCGCUCGUGGAGUCAGUGUGCUUUAUGCCGAUGUUAAAAUGGGCAGUUAAACUGUAGAACCUGUCUUAAGUGGUGUCAUGUUGACAAAUGUCUCCCUCUUGAAAUGUUGUUGAGGUAUGUUCUAAACUGGACCACAACCCAAAAAGGUGUCAUUAAAAACAGACAUCAAUGUCAAAAGAUUUCAAAAA